AUGUCAAAAGCACUAGAGCCAUCACCAGCUCCGUGGCCCCAGAGCCACUCGAGAAAAUUAAACUCGUUUGCCCGGUGCAAGUAUGUGACGAGGAACUCCCAACUUGGCGACGGUCAUUUCAGCGUCGUCAAAGAAUGCGUGAACGUGUAUACGCGGGAACGGUAUGCCAUGAAACUCGUGCGCAAGAAAACGGUCGCGGGCAAGAUGUGGCUUAUCCAACGUGAAGUCGCUCUGUUGCGAGAACUGAGUGCCCGGAUCCGUGAGGUGGAAAGAGGCCAUUCCAGCUCCAAGGACCUGUUCGAAGGCCAUCACCACGUUUUACAGUUGUUCGAUUUCUUCGAAACCGCAGACAACAUCGUUUUGGUCACCCAGCUGUGUCGACAUGACGACCUGUACGAGAAAAUCAUCGAGGCUGGAUCUCUUGAUAUCGCCACGCAGGUCAAACCGUAUACAGCCUGUCUGGUCAGUGCGCUAGAGUUUCUACAUGUAAACGGAAUCAUCCAUCGGGAUAUCAAGGCUGAGAAUAUUUUGUUCAGAGAGACCACCGGCACGGAAAUCGAAACUCCAGCCAAGGACUGUCGGUACGACGUUCAAGCUCACGAUUUGAUCUUGGGCGAUUUCGGUCUAGCGGUCAAGAGUGAUUCUCCCGACACUCAACGCAAGGAAUGCGUGGGCACGAUCUCGUACGUGGCUCCGGAAAUUGCCAGGUGUCAUAAGUCCGACCGGCUACCGCCUUCCGAACAGGCCAAACUCAGAGCAUACGAUUCUGCCGUUGAUAUUUGGGCCCUCGGAGUCCUGUGCUACUUCAUGUUCACCGGGUACAUGCCGUUUGACUGUGAAACCGAUGACGAGACCUGGCAUUGUAUCAAAGAGGGCGAUUUUUACCGAGAUGAAGAACUGCAAAACAACCAGGAUCCUGCUGUGCAAGAUUUCUGGCGUUUUGUACAGCUUUGCUUUAGCGUCGAACCCACUGACCGUCCAACGGCGCAAGCUAUGAAAUCGCAUCCUUUCAUUCGAGCCUAUUCGGACGAUUCUUAUCUGACAUCCCAAGAAUUCCCGCAGAAAGAACCCUUGCGCAAGUCCCAUUCAUCAGCGUCUUUUCGGAGCCUGUUACCGCCUUCGAAGACACCAACUUCGUCUACUUUCAAGUUUUACGAUAUUGACAGCCACGACUUGUUGCAGGGCAAUAAUUCAGAUUCACGGAAUCGUGACCUCGAGAAAGUACGGGAAACCUUGAAAAGAACCCUGUCGAUGACAUCACUUGCGUCUGAAAACAAUUACAAGACCAAUUCGACUUUCAAGCUCGCACCGCCCCCACCAAACGGGACUUUGAUGAAUGGCGGUUUCUGUCAAACUCCAGAAUGUAGAUCAAACCUGACGUCUCCUGGAAUUUCUAGAAACGCUUCCAGUAGCGAUAUCCCACGCACAGCGUCAACGGAAAUUUUCGAAGCACCACAUCUCACAAGACAGGGCACUCUCUCGGAAAAGAAUAGUUCCAAGAGCUUGCACUUGAUGCAAAAGGGACUUGAAACAGCAGAGCCGCAGAGAAUCAAAAGCACUGCAAGGUUUGUGUUGUUGCAGGGUGAUGAUGAAGACGAGGAAAUGUAA